AUGACGACGACGACGGCGGCGGCGGCGGCGACGGCGGCGGCAGCGGCGGCGGCGGCGGCGGCGGCGACGACCGACCGACCGACCGACCCAGAAAAUAAGUCACUGGAGAAAGCCUUUGCGGGCGGCUUGACCGGAUCCGUUGCGGGCGUUGCGCAGGUGCUGACCUUCAUGUGGCUGCGAACAGCAAUGAAUUAUCAAUAUCGUCAUGGUGGAAACUUGCGGACAGUACUGCCCCUUCUUUGGGGUGAGGGUGGCAUCCGCCGUUUAUAUCGUGGACUCCCAUUCGCUAUCGUGCAGGGACCGCUAUCUCGAUUUGGUUCUGCUGCUGCGAACACAUUAGUGCUCGGGCUCCGUGAUGCAGACUUAUUUGGGUUAGGUGCAUAUCCUGUCUAUGUGGUAACUUUUAUAGGUUCCCUCCUCACCGCCAUUUAUCGAUGUUUGAUUAUGCCAAUUGACACGCUCAAGACGGUGUCACAGGUGGAUGGACGCGUUGGGUUCGACGCUGUUAUACGGCGUGCAUUCAAGCAUCGCAACCCUUCGGUACUCUAUACUGGCGCUUAUGCAAUGGCAGCUUCGACACUAGUAGGCCACUAUCCUUGGUUCUUAACUUUUAACAUUCUAAACAGCCUCUACCCGAAGCAUGAUCGGGCCUUGUACAACUCGGUCCGCCUUGUAUUGAUUGGCUUCUUCUCUUCUUUAGUUUCUGAUGUCGCAUCCAAUCCUGUUCGCGUAAUAAAGACCACGAAGCAAUGUGCAGGUAUAGACUCUACAUAUGUCGAGUUGAUCAAGGAGAUAACCCAGAGAGAUGGUCCUAGAGCCCUGUUCACUCGUGGGCUUUCCACUCGCAUAUUGGCAAACGGCCUCCAGUCCAUCGUCUUUACAGUUAUCUGGCGCGUUCUUCUUGAAUAACGAAGACCAGAUAGACCCCUGUAGCAGUUUCACGAAACAAGAUUGCAGUACCACUCCGCAUCACCAUGUCAUUUGACAUUCUGUGCUCUCAACACCUUGUUUUGACUUAUGCUCUCAACUUGAGGUGGUCGUCGACCAGGAGACUCCGCUGGAAGGCUCUGGGCGCUAUGAAGCUAAUUUGAUCGCGCCUCUACCACGACAGAAAAACAGUGUGGGGGGGGGGGGCUUUAUAGUCCAAGCACCUGCCCAUUGUAACAUAUCCCGCCGGUGGGAUGUGCUAAACGCCGCUUCAACUUGGACCUCAACCUCAAACCCUGCACUUCAACAGGGACCUCAACACAGCCGCCUGCCCUUCAAAAGGGACCUCAACACCGCCGCUCACGCCUUGCGGCGGACCUCUGACGCGCCGCCCACGCCUUAGAGUGCGCGACCCGCCCCAAGCCACGUGCCAGAAGCCCUCCAGGAGCCCCCCAGAAGCCGGAGCCCUCCAGAAGCCCUCCAGAACCCUUCUAGAACUCUUCCGCGGACCCG